AUGGGUGCCGUUACUAUUAAAUCUCUAGACCACUUAGUCCUCACCGUCCGCUCCAUCCCAGACACCGUAACCUUCUAUACGACCCACCUGGGCAUGAAGCAUGAAGUCUUCGCAUCGGCGUUGAACCCCACUAUAUCCAGACACGCUCUCCUCUUCGGAUCCCAGAAAAUCAAUCUCCACGAGUCAGGCAAGGAAUUCGAGCCCAAGGCACAGAAUGUCCAGCCCGGGAGUGGGGAUUUGUGCUUUCUAAGCGACGAGAGUGUCGAGCGGGUUUUGGAGUACUUCAACAGUGCAAAUAUUGAGGUCCUUGAGGGUGGAAAGGUCGUUGAGAGGACCGGGGCACGUGGGAAGAUUAGGAGUGUCUAUGUGCGAGAUCCAGAUGGGAAUCUAAUUGAGUGA